CCUGAGGCUGUAGCUACACUCAUGAACGCAAAUUUCUGACAAUAGGUAGGCACGUGAAGUGAAGAUGUACAGUUGAUGAUCCUUCAGCUGAGCGACGCCUGUUUGAUGGUCCUUCAAGAAAGAAGGUUUUAAAUUUAGGUAGGACAAUGCAGAGGGAGAUAGGUCCUAACCAUUUUGAUGAAAGUGCCCACUGACCUGCUGAAGAAAUGAUACAUCACUGAUUCAUCACUGAUUCUGUCUUUGAAGGUGAUUCUUUUAUAGAAAGCUGCUAACGUCUUCUAAAGGCUCCGGCAAUGGGGAAGAAAGAGAGCGUGACCGAGCUCCCGAUCGGCACGCCGAUCUGGAUUUUCUGGGACGACGACCAGACGUUCUAUCGGGGCCAGGUGGGGGGCUUCAAAGAUGACGGCACGAAGAUGACCGUUCUCUACCCUGAGAAUGAAGAGCAGGAGGACAUUGACAUUGCCGACUUUGAGGAUGGGUCGAUUGUGUUCAGCUUGGAAGACCCGACAAAAGAGCAGGCACGCUCGUCGGCAGCGGUCUUUGAGGUGGCUGAAGUGCGGGGGGGAAGAGUGUCGCAGAGUGGGAACCCGGUCAUUCAGCAGCUCAGGAAGCUGGGAAAGGCGAUGCACGAUAUUGAGGACCGGUUGCCGGUGGAAGCUCUGGUGACGGAGAGCGACUCGAUCUGGCAGGUCUGGCGCACGUCGGUCGCCACAUCAAAGACAGUGGAGGACCUGGCAAUGAUGCUCGUCUUCCUCUCCCAAGAGAUCAAGCCGAAUGUGACCACGCAGUGGUGGAGCGAAGAGGCCCAGUACUGGCGCGUCUCGGCCGCUUCCGCCCGCUCCCCUGACGAGUUGCAAGAAGACAUCAUGGAGCUGCUGACGAUGGGCAUCGACUGGGAGGCUGCCAAGAGCUUCUUCCCGCCGCCCACUGAGCCGUACCCAGAAGGCACCGCGCCCCCGACCCCCCGCAAGCACCGCGUGACGCUGCUCGAGCCCCGUAAACGGCGCAAGUUCGAGAGCAUGCGGCCCGGGGGAGCCACCCGGGUGGGCCCACCGAAGCCCAAAAAGGCGCUGCAGAACGGCGAGAAGCACACGCUGAUGCUCAAACGACUCGGGAAGCUCCAAAAGGGCGCCAAGAAACUGAAGAUGGCGCGGGUUGGGGGUGCGGAGGAAAGCGGCCUGCCGAGGGUGCCGAAGAAGAAGCUGAAGCGGAAACGGGAAGACGGGGAGGGUGGCCCGAUCAAGCGACCGAAGUCGGCGGGCAAGAAGGUCGGGGGGCCGCCCCGGCCGCCGCUCGUGAUGCCUGCGCUGCCGCCGCUUGGGGAGAAGCUCUCGGCAGAGGGGCUGGACGCGAAGGACGGCGCAGUACCCGCCACAGUUCCGGUGGUUUGCAACGGCACGCAGGCAGACUACAUCCCCGCGCAGCACAUGGUGGCCUGCCGCUGCGCACAAUGCGGGGCCGCCGGGAAGCUGCUGACGUGUCAGCAGUACGAGGCGCACACGGGGAGCCGCGCCAAGAAAUGGAAGGAGACGAUCCGCCUCGCGGCGCUGCCGGGGACGCGGCUGUCGGAAUGGCUGUCAUUGAUGGAGAAGAAGGGCGCCAGCGGGGUUGCCUUUGUGGCUAUCGAAAAGAAGAGGGUCAAAGCUCUGACGUCACCCACCAAUGGCGCGGCUCCUCGCGGGGACGGCCCCGCCUCCGGUGCUGGCGCGGCAAACGCCGACGCUGCUAAGCUCCGGAAGGCGUUCGCUGCGCAGCUGGCCAAGGAGCAAAAGAAACCCGCUGCUGACGUGACGCCGCCAGCGCCAGCUGGCGGUGCCUCUGCGCGUGCUGACGUGGCCCCGCCUGCGUCAAGCACCAUUUCUGCGAAUGAUGACGUGGGAGGUAGGAUGGGUGGUGCAGGCGCAGGGGGUCUUAGUGCUGCAGUAGCGGAGGACCAUAUGAGGACGGAUGGGGGAGCGGAAGGGCGGAAUGCUCAGAACGAUUUGCGUCCGGGCGGAUCCACAUUCCAAGAAGGGGUUAGCGGCACGCUGGGGGUUAGCAGCACGCUAGGAGUUAGUGGGUCGCUAAAUCAGGUUGAGGAAAGCGGUCCUGGGAGGGAAGGCGUUGAAAAUGGCGGCUUGUGGGCGCAGGAAGAGAGGCCGGGAUCUCCGGACGAGGACCCGCUCACUUGGUUCAAAGAGACAUACGUGUCGCCACGGGGGGGUAGCCAGUCAGCUGCCGGCCUGAGUACGUUCAUGCCUCUAGACGAUUUGCUUCCAGGUUUAGGGACGCAGGAUGCGAGCCUAGGAGAGCAAACAGCAGGGGCGCAGCUAGGACUCAGUGAUUCGAGCUUGCGAGAUCAACGAGGUUAGAUAUAUAGUCACGCUUUGCUGCCAGGUCAUGUCGUUUGCACUCAAUCUGUGUUGCUGUUGAGGGAUAUCAGAUAGCUGAAGCAAGGUAUUGCUGCUAAGCUAAUCAUUAGAGGGACAUUCGUGCAAGGCAGUCUGCUGCUACCGGUUAUUUGUUACGGGUUAUACGCCUUUGAUGCGAGGGGCUUCUUUUGUUUGGUAGCCAUGUGGCCGGACUCCUCCCCAUUGCCCGCGCGCCGCUUGGACUGCUAGACUGCUAGUUUAUUCGCAGUUGCUGUCUCAAACAUAGAGAGACUUGCCAAAGUUUAAGCGCGUUCAUAAGUUGAAUCCGACGUCGAAGUACAAUGGUUAGAGCAUGCGUCCUGCGACACUUCGGCUGCAUAUGAUCAUUGGUUUGUAGCUGAACAACCCCAGUGUCAUAAUCGCGGAGAUUAUCCACCGCCCAGUUCGUUGAUGUUAAAGUUAUAAAGUGAC